UUUAUCGAAACAAAGGAUAUUUUUUUCCCCUAAAUAUCCAGGUAUCUCUUGCAUCACGAAUCGUGCCCAGCCCUGACUGGUUUGUGGGCAUUGAGAAUUUUAAUUUGUGUGACAAGAAUGGCUGGAAGCGCCGUGUCUCCAUAGACCUAUUUCCAUAUGACGCUGGAACGGAUAGUGGCUUUACAUUUUCCUCACCCAACUUCGCCACAAUCCCUCGCGAUACAAUCACGGAAAUCACCUGUUCUUCCCCAAGUCAUCCUGCCAACUCCUUUUAUUACCCCAAACUUAAGGCUCUGCCGCCAAUUGCCCGGGUGACCAUGGCAAAACUCAAAAGAAAAAAAUUGGGCUUUCUCUUCUCUCAACCAAACGUCACAACUACAGAUAACGAAGUACAGGAUUCUGUCUCAGAAACACCCUUGGAUUGUGAGACCUCUCUGUGGUCUUCGUGGGGCCUUUGCCGUGGCACCUGUGGAAAUUUAGGAACGAAAAAGCGGACUCGGUACGUACUUCUCCAGCCGGCCAACCAUGGGACCCCCUGCCCAGACCUCAGCGAAGAGACACACUGUGAACCGGAUAACUGUGUCUGAGAUAUUAUCUUUGGACAAUCCUUUACCUCAUGUAAUUUGGGGGAUAUUUAAGAUAUCUCUCCGUUGAUAUUUUUUUUUAUAGCUCAAGAGCAGUCUAUCCAUCUAUCCAUCCAACAGAGAGAUCUACUUAGGUAUCUGUGCUUUCUACACAUUUAUUGUGAGUUCCUACAGUGCCACCUAGUGGUCAGAAACAGUAGCAAUACUAGUAGUAACUCUAAUAGUAAAAUGUUACCAACAUCUGUAUGGAGAAAAGAGGCAGGCGGGGAUCUUUUCAUUUCUGCUCAUUCUGGCAUUUAUUUAAUGCAUCUGGGGAAUAAUGAUCUCAUUUCUACUGACUUAUAUAAUAUGCCGGAGAAUUAAACGUACACAGUUUGAGGGAGAAUCAACUUGAAGGAAAAAAGAAAACCAAGUUUUUCUCAAGAGUACGAGAAAAAGCAGAGAAGAUUUUUUUUGGAGGGGUAAUUCUAGAAUUUUUAAGCUGUGGUUUGAAAGGUCUAUGGUGAAAGCUCUUGGCAAGCUCUUUCUUUUAUGCAGAUUUCUGUGAACUUUGUCCCAUUUUGUGAAGAGCCAAGAAAGCCCAAAAGGAGAACUGUAAAAACAAUUUGCUGAAAAGUUUGUGUACCAAGGCAUAGGAUAUACUUCCUCUAUACUUCCA